AUGGCUAACAGAGACGCAGUUCCAAAAAUUUUACCCAAAGAUCUUGUUGUUACUAUUUGGAAUGAAACGUGGCUGGCUGGAUUCUUUUUCCAACCAUGCAACCACGAGUUAUUUGUCAAGCACACUCUUAACAUGGAAAUGGCCAUCGUCAUGGCAAGGGAAGCUGGUGUGGACUGGAUCAUUCAUCUUGAUACUGAUGAGCUAAUGCAUCCAGCUGGAACUAGUGAGUAUUCUUUACGGAGACUUCUGGAAGAUAUACCUGAAGAUGUUGACAUGGUCGUAUUUCCUAAAUAUGAGAGCAAUGUUGAGAGAGAUGAUGUGAAGGAACCUUUUAGUGAAGUCUCGAUGUUCAAGAAGAAUUAUGACCAUCUCACAAAAGAAAUGUACUUUGGAAACUACAAGGAAGCAACUCGUGGUAAUCCUAACUACUGUUUGACUUACGGAAAUGGUAAAUCAGCUGCUCGAGUUCAAGGUCAUCUGCGUUCUAAUGGUGCUCAUAGAUGGCACAACUACAUGAAAAGCCCAAAGGAAAUGGAGGUGAUCAAAUUUGAAGGUUCGCCACAAGUCAAUUUGAUCUCAUUGAAGUGGAAGUGGAAGUGGAAGAUGAGCUUCGUCCUAAUGGUGCUCAUAGAUGGCACAACUACAUGAAAAGCCCAAAGCAUUCUUGUUCUGCAUGUUACUUGUUUUUCUUUUAUUUCUAUUUCGUUUCUUAUUUAUUCCCAGUCCUCCCAAAGGUAUUUUGUGUGGUUCCUUCUAUGCUUGUCUUGGUGUCUUCAGUAGAGUGCCUGGGUUCCCAAGAGAAUACUUUGGGAUUUUUCUCUAUCUAAAUCUGUAGGAAUUCUAGGAGCUCUAAGAUAGAUUAAAGCUUCAUCUGAAAGUUCCAUGCUACACCAAAAGUAAAACAAAGUUGAAUUGUUGCAGCUGAAUUGUUGAGCUCUAAGAUUGAAGUAGAAUUCUAGGAGCUCUAAGAUUGGAGCUCUAAGUUGCUUUU